UUCUUGUCAUUUUGCUGUGAUGCUAGGUUGCUAUACAAAAACUCGUAUUUUAUUGCUAUAAAAUGGCUGACACCGGUCUACGUAUGAAUUUCGCUGCUUUAAAGAGGGCAGAUCCAUACGCUAGAGAAAUAAUUGACAGUGCUACCCACGUUGCGCUCUAUACAUUCGAAGAAAACGAAUGGGAGAAAACUGAUAUUGAGGGUGCUUUGUUUGUGUACAGUAGAAAUGGGGAGCCGUAUCACAGUUUGGUGAUUAUGAACAGAUUGAGUACGAAUAAUUUAAUUGAACCAGUGUCUAAAGGAAUAGAGUUACAAUUGAAGGCACCGUUUCUGUUGUAUAGAAACGCCAAGUGUCGCAUCUACGGCAUAUGGUUUUACGAUAAGGACGAGUGUGUUCGAGUAGCUACGAAAUUGAAUUCCUUGGUGAAGGAGUCCGUGAAGCAAGUUCCCGGUGAAAACAUGGCGCAGCCGAACCCUGUGUACAGUUCGACGCCGUCCGCACCCGUCGAUAUAUUUAGCAUGCUGAGUAAGGCGCAAGACGAUUUCAACUCCAACAAGGGGCAAGGUAACAAGGCGGAAUCUAACCCGGCGCGAGCACCAGACAUGGCGUCGCAGAGUGUGAUGGACUUCUUCGCGAAGGCCGGAAGCGGCGCGUCUUCGCAAAUACCGUCUGUGUCCGCUUUGCCGUCUCCUGGGAUAUUCGGGCCCCGGCAGUCCGACGCGCGCGAGGCGCCCCUGCUACUGCAGAGGCUCAUGAGCAACCCGGCCCACUCUGUCGAGCAUAUAGAGAAACAACAACGCUCUGUUACUCCUCAAGAAGGUCAAAGCUCUAAUGGAAGCUUAACCGAUUCUUCUAUCCGGCAGUGUAGCAGUUAUCAGUUAAAAUCUACACCGAUUGAAAAGCCGAGCCAGCAGAGGAUAUCAGGUUUGAAAAAGGGGCAGACGUUAGAUGUUCUUGAGACUAAUGGUCCGAAUCCAUUAGAUCUAGAUAUCAACUUGAUGCACAUAUCGUCGCCCAAGCCGACGUCACCGUUGGCUUCAUACUUGAAUCAAUCUCAGGAUGUGAGCCUCUCCGCCAGCAGUUUUAAUGGAAGCAAGAUGGAUGACGUGGGGAUGUAUCCAUUGAUCAACACUCUGAACUCCCAGCAGAAACCGGCUCUGAUGCCGCCGACUAUGUUCACCGCUAGUUCCGGAGCAGAUGUCAUCCAACCAUCCCCUGAACCUCUCACUAGAAACCAGCUUCUUCAAGCUUUUAAUUAUCUUUUAAAACAUGAUGCUGACUUUGUGAACAAGUUACAUGAAGCCUAUGUAAAAUCUUUUUCAGAAAAGGCUUUCUCUGUGUCAUAAAAUUCAUUCUUUUGGACAAGCAGCUGAUAUUGCCAGUUGCUCACGAUGUACAGUUGUAAUUUGAGGUAUAAAUCCACUAAAAUGUAGACCUUAUAGUUUUGUAGUAACUCAUUGUUUCGACCGAGUAUUUUUAAAUAAGUUUUAAACCUUUGACUGUAUCAUUUAAAUCUGUAUCCAGAAUGAAUUUUAGUGAUGGAUUGUCUGUAGUCAGCCUGACAUUUAAAUGAUAUCUCUUGAGCGAUCGUUUGUGAUAUUAUAUGUAUUGGCUUCAGCUUGAAUCAGUCAACUAAAGACUACAUUUCUUACUGGUUAGUUUAGUUUUAACUACGAGUUCAUUGCAAUAAUAGAUUUUUCAAUAAUAUGAAAUUCAUUGAAAUUACUUAUUUUUUUUAAAGUAUGAUAUUUAAAUUGUCUCCUGGAGAUAAUUAGAGAUAGUGGCUUUGUGAAUAUUUUAGUUGCAAUGAACUUCUUGAAAAUAAGGACAUAAUUUUGAAGGUAAACAUUUGUUUGUAUUGUUAUAAGGACUGCAAAAAUUUGCUAUUUCUUUACAAAAAAUAUAAUUUCAUUAGUACUCCUUAGUAGUUUAUGCAUCAGUUUUUUUAGUUUUAUUGUAUACGUGAAAUGUUUUUAAUUCAUUAAAAUUUAUCAGUUCCCGCUUAGGUUUCAGUACUUUCAUAUUGUAUAAAUUAUUAGUUUUGUUUUCUCAUAAAACUGAUUUUCUGAAUUGAAAUGGGCUUUAAUGUUGAUAAAGUAAGACAAAACAAGUUGUUACCGGUAUAAAAAUUUUCAUACACAUUUACAUUUAGGGAGAAACAUUUUUCUAAGUUUCAUUUCUCCUAAGAAUAAAAUAAUUUAACUUGAUAGUGUUUUAUACACUUUCUUACAGAAAAUGUUGUGAAAAGUAAAGUUAUGAGGAUUACUCAGUAUGUGGUAUAGAUUUCAUUUUAUUUUAUUGAUGCCCAUAAAAUGAAAAUGUAUUUUUGAUUGCAUUGAUUUAAACAUCUACUUAAAAGUAAUGGUCUAACUAAAACUAUGUAGGACCUGAAUGUUAUAAAACCAGUGUAAAAUUAUAUUUAAAAAUAUGGACAUUGUUAUAGUGAUUAAUAGGGAGUAAUUUGCCCAUCACCAUUGUAAUAAAAUUGGCCUACAGGAUAAUACUAUACAGCUGCACUAGUGAUUUUGUGUGAUACAGCUAAUAACGAAUUUAGAUACUUUGGGUGCUCCCUAAAAAGUUUCUGUUACAUUUGAAUGAUAGCAUCAGUAAUUGACAAUUUUGGACAAAAUUCUAAUCAUCAUCAUCAAGUCAAAUUAAAGAGUUCAAGAGCUA